AUGACAUGGACCGAGGUGCAGGACACGCUCCGCGGGGCCGAGACGCCUCUCUUUUGGGUCGGCGCCUUCGUGGUGGCCUCGCUGUUUCUCUGGAUCAUCUACCGGCUCGUCUCCGGCUUCAUAGUGUGGGUGCUGGGCAACGGGCAGCUCAUCUCCCCUCGGCUAGGCAAGUGGGCAGUUGUGACAGGAGCCACCGAUGGAAUCGGGAAAUCCUAUGCGGAGGAGCUUGCUCGUCGAGGGUUUGCCAUUGUGUUGAUCAGCCGUUCCCAGCACAAGUUGGAUGAUGUGGCCAGGUCACUUGAGGACCAAUUUGGAGUGGAGACAAAGAUCAUUGUCGCAGACUUCGGCAAGACCAACAUCUACCCGUCCAUUGAGGCAGGCUUGUCUGGCUUGGAGAUUGGUGUUCUAGUAAAUAAUGUUGGCGUGUCCUAUCCGUACCCUGAGUACUACCUCCAUAUACCUGAUCUGGACAAUUUUAUCACCAAUAUGAUUAAUGUUAACAUGACAUCGGUAUGCCAGAUGACCCGCCUGGUGCUGCCCAGAAUGGCUGACAGAUCCAAAGGUGUGAUCCUCAACAUCUCCUCAGCCAGUGGCAUGUAUCCACUCCCUCUGCUCACCAUCUACUCCGCCACAAAGGCUUUUGUAGAUUUCUUCUCCCGCGGCCUCCAGGAAGAGUACAGGCGUCAGGGUAUCAUCAUCCAGAGUGUACUGCCCUUCUUCGUGGCCACCAAGAUGACUCGCAUCAGAAAACCUACCCUGGAUAAACCCACACCAGAGCGCUACGUGUCCGCCGAGCUCAACACAGUGGGCCUGCAAAGUCAGACCAAUGGGUACUUCCCACACGCAGUCAUGGGCUGGGUGACCACCAAGCUGGUGCCCAUCAGCAUUGUAAUCUUCCUGGGCGCGCGCAUGAACCGCCUCCAGCGCACAGGAUACUUAAACAGGAGGAAGCUGCGCGAGCAAAAGAAUGGAACUGGCUUGAAGACUGACUAA